CACAUUCUUUUUUCACUCUUCCACUUUUUUGUGUUACUAUUUGGAAAGGCGAAAGUUUUUUCCUCUUCUAUUUUUCUCUUUUCUACUUUUCAUUUUUUCUUAUUCCUACGUCUUUUCUUGUAUUAAUAAAAGUGUUUUUUAUUAUUAUUAUAUCUGCUAAAUGAACUUGUACUUAUUAACUACACACAGACAGCAAAUGCUGGCGGCGCUGCAGCAGGCGCGUUCCACAGCAGCAAAAGCAGCAUCGGCUAUCGACAGCAACAUCACUCUUGCUGCUGGAGACUCUAUAAAGCCCUCGAACGCCUUGCUGUCGGAUAUUUUUGGCUACAUAUCGUUUGCUUGCUGGCUCUGCGUGCUAAUGCCCCAGCUGUGGCUCAACUACAAGCGUAAGUCCAGCGAAGGGCUAAGCCUCGGCUUCAUUCUGAUGUGGCUGGCGGGCGACUUCACUGACUGGUACGGUGCCUAUGUUGGACGACUGUUGUUACCAGCAAUCCUCAUUGCAUUGUAUUUUGUGAUCACUGAUGUAGUUCUGCUCGCUCAGAUGUUCAUCUACCGCAAGAGCGACGACGACGCAUUUGGGGCCAGCCAGCUGCCAGAGGGCGCCGAGCGCCCCCCGCUGCUGGUCCGACGCGGCCGACGGGCGAUCAAGUACUUGGGACCCAAUAACGUCCGGGGUCAAAUGCAGGAGUACCAGCAAGUCGAGCACUCUACGCUGAUUGAGCGCAGGAUGAUUGAUCAGCACCAGGGGCACCAGCACACAUACGGUGCCGUCGCGUCGUCCGCAAGCAAGCCCGCCAAAAAUAAUAUUUCAAAAGAUGGCCCGGUGCCGAAAAAGGUUGCGCAGCUGCUGGCCUCGCUGCACGAAAUGGGCACAGCAAAGACCGGACGCGCCGCAGCCAUAUCGAUACUGGUUUUGUUCAUAUUGUUGGGACUGGGCGUCGGCUCGCGUAUGAUUCUGGCGCUUUACCCGCAGCACAUUACCGACGUGGUCUCGCAGGUGUUUGGCUACAUAUCGGCUGCCAUGUUCUUCAUCGCGUACAUUCCGCAGAUCGCCUGGAACUUCACCGUGCAGUCGACAGAGGGCUUGUCGGCGGGAAUGUUCAUAUUCACUGUCUUGGGCAACGUCACCUACUGCAUGUCGAUUGUGUCGAUGUCGACCGAUCGCGACUAUCUGGUCAUGUAUGCGCCGUGGCUAGCCGGCGCCCUGGGCACGCUGGGCUUCGAGAUGCUGAUUCUGUGGCAGUGCUAUUUCUACUACAAGCCCAAGGAUGCUGAUGCCACUGCGCGCAACAGCGACAGUGGAAGCAUGCAUGCGACCGACGGCGGUCACGGCAGCAGCCAGAAUGGAAGUGCCAGCGAGGGCGAGGGUGAAGAUUUGGAGAGCAUUAUCAGCCGCCGCGCUCACCGCCGCUCCCGUCGCCGCAGAUACAGCGAGACCGCCGGCACCUUCAGCAGGAGCAGGAGCGCCCGCCCGUCCAUCAGUACGCGGCAUACAGACAAGGCGGCCGAGUGAAUUGAAUCACCAGCAAUAUUUUUUUUCACUUUUGUAUGAAUAAAAAAUAAUUGAGCAUAAUCAAUUGAUCAGCACUGAUUUAAAA